AUGGCUGCAAUAGAUACAAUCCCUGUCCUCAUCGUUGGUGCUGGUCCCUCAGCGCUAGUUGCAGCUCUUACCCUACUGCGUAACGGAAUACCCGUCCGUGUCAUCGAGAAAGAGGACACCUAUCGCCUUGGGCAACGCGGUUCUGGAUUGAUCCCUCGCUCGCUGGAGCUUUUCAGAUUCCUCGAUGUCCCAGAAGUGGAUGAGAAUGCCACAGAAGUGUUCCCCAUGCGCUUAUACAAGCCUGGAAGUGUCGAACCUCUUAAAACGUUCAUGAUGUCGCCUUACCAGGAUCCGACUCCUGCGCUUCCUUAUGCACGGCAGCAGAAGCUAGAAGGGAUUUUACGCUCUCAUCUUGAGAACCUGUCGUGUUUCGUCGAAACUGGGACUGAGCUCCGCUCACUCGAACAAUUUCCUGAUUAUGUGGUCGCACGCGUACUGCGAAGGCGUAAUGGCGAAGAAGUACAAGAGACAAUCAAAGCCAAAUGGCUCAUCGGAGCUGACGGGUCUAAAAGUGUCGUGCGGAAAGAAUUAGGACUCACAUUUUUAGGAGAGACUCGAGAUGAUGUGUGUUCGAUCACUGGUGACAUCCGUCUUACAGGCCCAGGGAUUGAUAGAAAGCAUUGGCACAUAUUUGGGGAGAUGGGAGCUACUGCGAUUAUCUUGCGGCCCACAGACGAGAUUGCCCCUGAUGGUUAUCAGUUCGUCAUGUUCGGUCCAGGGGUCGAUAUCCCAAAACUACAAUCAAGUAAAGAUGAGCUCUUUAAGUACAUUGCUUCUAUGGUUCACGCGGAUUUAACAUUUGAGGAGCUUAUUUGGGCUUCCGAGUACCGGGCCAACGUUCGGAUGGUGAAUAAGUUCGGAGAGGGCAGAGUUUUCAUUUCAGGAGAUGCUGCACAUGUUCAUAGCCCUACAGGUGCCCAGGGUCUCAAUUCAAGUGUUCAAGAUGCUUUCAACCUCGGCUGGAAACUAGCGCUCGUUCAGAAAGGCCUUGCACUGCCCUCACUGCUCGACACCUACACCACCGAACGUCUUCCCGUCAUCGCCGAGAUGCUCGACAUCACCUCUUCCCUGCUCAAGAGAACGAACGCUGCGAAUACUUCCACGGCGGAGGCAGCACUCAAGCGUAGUCAGAAGCUAUAUAUGCUGGGCGUGAACUACCGCAACAGCCCGAUUGUGGUCGAUGAGGUGGUGCAGCCGUCUGAGGCGGAACCUGUGGACGCGUAUGGAUCUAUUCAGGACGGGUCGUUGCAGGCUGGUGAUCGUGCGCCCGAUGCGCCCGGUUUGGUGGAUGUGAAGAGUGGUGAGGCCGCGCGGUUCUUUGACAUUUUCCGUCCGCGAUACCAUACCGUCCUCAUCUUUACUUCGAACGCUUCCGAUGCUGCUCCCAUCAUAUCUGAACUUGGUCACUACGACAAUAGUGUUGUGCGCUCCAUCAUUGUUCUCCCUGCUGGGGCAUCUGUACAAGCAGAGUCGACUUCGGCUGAUGUUAUUUUGGAGGAUAAGGAAGGGCAUGCGUAUAAGAAUUAUUUGAUAGGAGGCGAAACAAGAGUUGUAGUCGUAAGGCCAGACAGCGUAGUAGGUGCGAUCGUACAUGGAGUGGAAGGUGUGAAGCGAUACUUUGGUAUCAUUUUCACUUCCUAG